AUGGGAGCACAUCAAAUGGCGGCAGCACGGAGGGCUGCGGUACUGGAAUCUCUGCCUCGAAUGCCACCGUCACGUGUGGGGCACCGACGGCCGGACUUCAAACCGGUACUGCCGGCCCCGCUGCCUGCCGUGCCGCCUGCAGUUGUCGCGCCGCAUCGGCCCCGCACGCGCUGCAAGCGUGCUCGACAGGACUUCGGGGUUGUACGAGUUCGACGGGAGGCGGAUCCGGCUGCGGGACGGAGCCUCCUGCAGCGACAGAACACUGGCAGGAGUGUCACCUUGCCACCGGGGCCGCCGUUGCAGCGCGCCUUGCUGGAGUCGGCGCAGGACGUGCCAAGCCAGCGUGGUGCGUGGCAGGCUGCGCCGUUUGCCUGGGACGUGCGGCGCCGCCUUUUCCACGGGUUUUGUGGGGCCUGUGGCGAAGAGUCCUGGGACCUGCAGCAAAUGCAGCUGCAGCGAGUCACUGUGCUCUACCGGCAGAAGGAUGUGGCCCUGUGCUGCAGCAGCUGUUUGCGACAGUUGCACGCUGGGCGCCACACCUGGGUGUACGAACUGGAGGCAUGGUGCCUUCCCUUCUACCGCACUCGCUGA